GCACAGUGGAAGAGAGAGAGAGAAAAUAUCAAGGAAUUUUUAUUCCGUUUAUCAGUUUAUCGAAUCAUAUUAUCGGUCAAUGAGAUGUUGCGACUUCACAAAGUGUACCAUCGUUUAUCUCUCCUCCAUUUCUCGCCAUUAUCGCUCCCUUCUUCUCUUCCUUCCUCUCUCUCCCCUCCUGCCGCUGCUGCCUCUAACGGCACCGUUUCUUCCUCUGCUGCAAUCACUACUUUCGCUGAUUACGAAGAUGACUCGAGCUUAGGAGCGGGGUAUCGUGUUCCUCCACCUGAGAUCAAGGACAUUGUCGAUGCACCACCAGUUCCUUCAUUGUCAUUUUCUCCACUUAGAGAUAAAAUUCUUUUUCUGAAGCGAAGAGCCUUACCUCCACUCUCAGAAUUAGCAAGACCGGAGGAGAAGUUGGCUGGUGUACGUAUUGAUGGAAAAAGUAAUUGUAGGAGUCGUAUGUCUUUUUACACUGGUAUAGGGAUCCAUCGGAUUCUUCCGGAUGAUACACUAGGCCCAGAGACUGAAGUUCAUGGUUUACCCGAGGGUGCAAAGAUAAAUUUUGUUACUUGGUCUCCAGAUGGCUGUCAUUUAUCUUUUAGCAUUCGUGUGAAUCAAGAGGACGGUGAUAGCAGUAAAUUUACAGUAUGGAUUGCAGAUGUGGAAACAGGGAUGGCUAGGCCUUUGUUUCAGUCACCUGAUAUACACUUGAAUGCAGUAUUUGAAAAUUAUGUUUGGGUAGAUAACUUUUCAUUGUUAGUUUGCACUAUUCCACUAUCUCGUGGGGCUUUGCCAAAAAAACCUUUGGUUCCCAGUGGCCCCAAAAUUCAAUCUAAUGAGGAGAAAAACAUUAUUCAAGUAAGAACAUUCCAAGAUUUGCUGAAGGAUGAAUAUGAUGAAGAUUUGUUUGACUACUAUGCCAGAUCACAGCUUGUUUUAGCUUCUUUGGAUGGUGCAACAAAGGAAAUUGGUCCCCCCGCUGUUUAUACUUCUAUGGAUCCUUCCCCGGAUCACAAGUAUGUUUUGAUUAGUUCGAUUCACAGGCCAUACUCUUUUACUGUGCCUUGUGGAAGAUUUCCAAAGAAGGUAGAGUUAUGGAGAGCUGAUGGGAAGUUAGUGCGGGAGCUUUGUGACUUGCCCCUUGCAGAGGACAUUCCUAUUGCAUUCAAUAGUGUGCGAAGAGGGAAGCGUUCCAUUAAUUGGAGAUCUGACAAACCAUCUUCACUUUACUGGGUAGAAACUCAAGAUGGAGGCGAUGCAAAGCUUUAUAUUAAUUUUAAUGCUAUGAUCAUCUAUAUCUUGGUUGAUCAUUGGUGUUCCCCAUUUUUCCAUAUCUACAGAGGGAUUUCUUGGUGUGAUGAUUCAUUGGCUUUGGUAUACGAGUCUUGGUAUAAAACACGGCGAAUAAGAACAUGGGUAAUAUCUCCUGGAGCUGAGGACGUGGCUCCACGAAUUCUCUUUGAUCGAUCAUCAGAAGACGUCUACUCUGAUCCUGGAUCUCCCAUGCUGCGGAGAACUCAGGCUGGGACAUAUGUUAUUGCCAGGAUAAAGAAGGAAAAUGAUGAAGGUAGAUAUAUUAUACUGAAUGGAAGUGGUGCUACACCAGAAGGGAACAUUCCAUUCCUUGAUCUAUUUGACAUAAAUAGCGGUAAAAAGGAACGGAUAUGGGAGAGUGAUAAGGAGAGAUACUAUGAAACUGUCGUUGCUUUGAUGUCUGAUCAAGAAGAAGGGGAUCUACAUUUAGAUCUACUGAAAAUUCUGAUUUCAAAAGAGUCAAAAACCGAAAACACCCAGUAUCACUUUGUCAGAUGGCCAGAUAAAAAAUUAGUUCAGAUUACAAGCUUCCCUCAUCCAUAUCCUCAACUUGAAUCAUUGCAGAAAGAGAUGAUCAGGUAUCAAAGGAAAGAUGGGGUUCAACUCACUGCUACCUUAUACCUGCCACCGGGUUACAAUCCAUCAACAGAUGGCCCUUUGCCAUGUCUGGUUUGGUCUUACCCUGGAGAAUUUAAGAGCAAAGAAGCUGCUGGGCAAGUUCGUGGUUCUCCAAAUGAAUUUCCUGGGAUAGGUCCCACAUCAGCCCUUCUUUGGUUGGCUAGAGGAUUUGCAAUUCUAUCAGGACCUACUAUUCCUAUUAUUGGUGAGGGCGAUGAGGAGGCAAAUGAUAGGUAUGUGGAACAAUUAGUUGCAAGUGCAGAAGCUGCUGUAGAGGAAGUUAUUCGGCGUGGGGUUGCUCAUCCAAAGAAAAUAGCUGUUGGUGGACAUUCCUACGGAGCAUUCAUGACUGCCAACCUCCUGGCACAUGCACCUCAUCUUUUCUGUUGUGGAAUUGCUCGCUCUGGUGCUUACAACAGAACACUUACUCCCUUUGGAUUUCAGAAUGAAGAUAGAACUCUUUGGGAGGCCACGAAUACUUAUGUAGAGAUGAGUCCUUUCAUGUCAGCUAAUAAAAUUAAGAAGCCGAUCUUGCUUAUACAUGGGGAAGAGGAUAAUAAUUCUGGAACAUUAACCAUGCAGUCAGACAGAUUCUUCACCGCUCUGAAGGGUCAUGGGGCUCUUUGUCGACUGGUGAUUCUGCCUUAUGAGAGCCAUGGUUAUACCGCCAGAGAGAGCAUAAUGCAUGUUCUAUGGGAAACAGACAGAUGGCUGUACAAAUACUGUGUAUCAAGCAGUUCUGAUGCAGGCUCAGAUUCAGUCAAAGAGAAAGAAAGUAUAGAAACUACAGAUGCUGAAAAGAAAGUUGUUGCUACCAGUGGAGGUGGCGGUAAAGAGGAGUCUGAUAUUGAGUAUGAUGAAGUUCAUUCUCUGCCAAGGUCAUCCUUGUGAAGAAUUCUCAGAACUUUGGCGCCCGCCAAGGAUCAAAAUAGAAGCAUCCAAAAGAUGCACGUGGGAUAUAGAACAGCAACAUGCGUGGGGCUGGAGUGGAGGAUACGAUGAAAUUGACAAGGAUCAUCAUCAUUCAAGUGUGGGAAAGUAUACCCACCAUGUCAUGUCCUUAACAACCUUCCACAGUAUUUCUGGUCGUGGCACUUGCCAAUUCAUAUCUAGAUGGAUUCACCGGGAUGUCUCAUAUAUUGCUUGUUUUCAGAAUGAUAAUUAGCUGCUUUGCCAAUUAAUUUUGCAUUUGGCAAUGCAAUUCGAAUGUAAGAGGAAUAAGCAUUGUACAAACCAAACCAUUUAAUUGAUCCAAUGCAGCUGAACCCUUCUUGCUGCCUUGGUUUUGGAGUUGUGAUUCUUUUCAUUGCA